CUGAUCCUUUGUCUUUGUUUGGCAGUCUGUAUGUGUGUAAAUGCUAACCCAGUAACUUCAUGUCCUAUUGCAUCCAUCAAUUCUCAACGAAACCGCAAAUUGAGAUAAAGAAAGACAUCGCGCCCGUCAAUACACUCACAUUGUGUCACUUCACCAGACUUACAGGCACAUAAUUACCCUCAAUUCACCAUGACGAGCAGUGAUACAACAAGCAAGGCCACCCAGAGUUCCAGUCACAAAGGUAAAUCAUCAAAGAAGGUCGCUGAAACUGCGCCCGAUAACAGGAGCACGAAGCCCAAAAAAGCAACUGCAACAUUGGGUCAAAAUGUUGAGAAAGCCUAUGACUCCAUUACUGAAUCUUUUGGAGGAGAUAAACAAAUUUAUACAGCACCACAAUCCUAUAUUCUAUGAGUUUGUAGAGAAAACGUUAUUUCCAAAUGUGGCAGUUCGUAACAAAGCCAGCAAAGUUUUGUUCAGUAUAAUAAGUAUUGGAAUACUGCAAGUCAUUGUACCCAUAUUUCGGUGGCCUUUAACUUUAUUGGCUUCUUUUCUGCAAUUCACAUUCCUGUAUAGCUCAGGAAUCAAGCAGCUGCGAAAGGGUUUCGCCAGCAGUCAAAGUGCAGCCAAGGUCAAGUCUAUUCUUACAGUUUACGUGGUAACGUCUACUUUACAACUUGUCCCAGGCUUUAUCUUUGAUACCCGUUACCAUUUUGGAGCAUUGUGGGAUUUUUUCUUACCAUUUGUCCUAUUUAUUGUCCCAUGGAAGGAUGCUCCUGAACAGACUCUGGCAGCUUCACUAUGUGACACUCUCUUCGCCACGCUCUCCACAAGCAUAGGAACUCUAUUCGCCCCCAUCUUACCUGAUCAUGAUGGUCAAAUCACGGCCAUGCUUGCAUCUGUCACUGUGGCAUUGAUGUUCUGGGCUGGUUAUCUGGCGGCCCAAGCUGCCUUCUUCAUUGCCUGGGCUUUUGUUGGCUUGUCCACAGUCAAUGCACUUGGACAGCCUUUGAAAACAAAGGAAGCCAGCUCUGUCAAAUAUUACAAACAAAUGACUGUCUGGCAUAAUUUAAUGGCUAUCUGGCUGUGGAGAAUCUUGAUUUCAGCCAUAGAGGGCAUCAACGUACCUGGUAUUGCUUCAGCAACUGGCCUUAUCUUACACUUCGUGCCUACUUUCUAUCUAUGGGCAACUGUCUUUAUGCUUUCUAUGCUUGUGACAAAGAAGUCAGCAGAUCAUCAUCAUAAUGCUGAUACAUGGUAUGCGAGAUGCCUUACAAGAUCUAGAACCAUUACCAAGUAGAGGUAAUCUAAUCUAAUCUGGCAGCACAAUGCAGUGAGGUUCCAUUACCCUCUCCAACUUCAAUUACAUUAUCAUCAGCCAUAGCCUAUAUUUUGCUGCCCCUGUUAAUUAUAUUUAUACGAGAUGUCUCCACACGAUGGCUGAGCUCAGAUCUAGCUGAAUUGGGUAGUUGAGGUUGGUAAAAAAUUUUGGAUGGUGGUUUUGUAAAAUAAUGUUUCAUCAUUCAAUUAUGCAACAUCACAG